AUGGCUGCUAUUUCCACGUCUUCUCGUCCUGCAUCAAUAUCCCAGCCGCUCUCUACGGUCACGACCUCGGCUUCUAGCACCUUUGCGAGCAAUCGAGAGGGUCGAAGGGACCACUUGAACCCCAACUUUCGCUAUUCCACCGCCACGCUUUCCCCUCCCCAACUGCAGCAGCUUGCUUCCUCCACCGCGUCUUCUUCCACCUCUCAGCCGCCGGUCGGUCUCUCUGCGUCCGUUCCGCCUCUGCCUGCUCUUGUCGGCUUUCCCAGUCCCAGUCCCCGUGGCCAUCUGAGCACGCAAUCGACGAGUUCCCUGUCUGCGCCUACGUCGGCGAACAGAGGCUCAAGAUCCAGCUCUCUAUUGGCCUUGGCUGCCGCCGCAAUCGAUCGCACUCAGAGUGCCCUUGCCAGUGCUGAACAGAAAAUUCGCCCUCGGCAGUCGCUCAGUCGCCUUUCCCUCAGCGGCGACGCCCUCUCCCUGUCUCUUCCACCUCCGCCUUCGUUCGGGACCUAUCCGCUGGACCGCACAUCGUCCAACUUUUCCAGCCCGGCCUCGCCUCUGGGCAGCCCUUCGUUGGAAUUUCUGCUGAGCCCCGGCCAUCCGUUCGCUGACAAGACUGCUGUCGCUUACAAAGAGCCGACUUUCACGCAGGCCCAGCCAGCUCAACAGGCCUACUCCUACUCCCAGCCGUAUUCUCAGACUAACCCAAACCUCCCUCCUCCCAUUCGCAUGCCGCGUAGCGACAGCAAGAUGCAUCAAACGUCAUCCCGUCUCCUACGGAUGACCGACGACGAUCGGCCGUUCACAAGGGAUUUUAAAGAUCUCUUCUCUACCCUGAUUGUCAGCCUCCUGCCGCUCUCAGCACACCGUGUUCGCCUGACCAAGGUCGAGCACACAUUUUUGUCAGAAGAUGCAAUCAACAACUUGGGCUCGCUCAAAUUCUCCCAGUCCAAUCGUAUGCCCGACCCGAAAGACCCGUCGCGCAUCGUGACGACAACAACGACGACGACAUUUUCCAUGGCACGGGACAUGGCUCGUUCAAUAUGCCAGCGCUUUCUCGACGCUCGCUUCAUCGAGUCGGCCGACGGCAAGUACCAGCAGCUCUACACGAUGAAGGGCUCCGUAUGGCAGCUCACGCCCAAGGGCAUCUGCAUUCUGGACCGGUUCUGCUCCCGCAACGGCAUCCAGCAAAAGCAGGUGACCGAGCUCGUCGGCAAUAGUGUGGCUCAGCUGGUCAUCCUGGAGCGCGAUUCGGCGACCGACAAGGUUGUCAGUGACCGCGGAUCGAUCGAGGUUAUCUUCCGGCGCUUUGUCGGCGUCAAUGGCCUUAAUGUCAAGUCCAGUCUGGGUGCUGCAGACGCUGACUCCCUGAGCGACUACCGUGACGGCCUGACGGGAGUGAAGAUGGCUAGCGAGCGGAGAGUGAAUGGCAAGGUCUACAAGGACACGUUUACGGGCAAGGCUGGCAGCGACUGGCUGAUGGACUGCUCGACGAUGGUGGAUCGACGAGAGGCGAACGAGACCGCGUCGCUGUUUGUCGAGUUUGGACUGAUCGAGGCGGUCGUGCCAGACCGGGUGUUUCAGGUUCAGCUACCGGGCGUGCAUUUGUACCAACCAACCCGGGUGGCCAUCUACCAACUGACUGCCAAGGGCAAGGACCUGAUCAAUGGUGUGUUACCACGUGGACGAUCGUCCGAGAGCGACGGUGGCUCGGCGCCACGAGGAGGAGGCGGCAUUGCACGCGACUCCAACACGCAGCGGCUGGACAAGAUCUUGAGUGAUGCCGCGCUGCGGCUGCUCUUCCGCGAAAACCUGCGCGAAACCCACUGCGAGGAGAACCUGUCGUUCUAUCUCGACGUCGACGACUUUGUGCGCAACUGCCGGCAGGCGAUUCGCAACGCGCAAAAGAACCCGGGAAACUCGUCGAUGGAAGGAAUCAAGGAGAUUAUGGCGCAGGCGUACGGCAUCUACAACGCAUUCUUGGCUCCGGGAUCGCCGUGUGAGCUGAACAUCGACCACCAGCUGCGCAGCAAUCUGGCUUCGCGCAUGACCAAGGCAGUAGGCCAGGACGGCGCAAUGAUCGACACGCUGCGCGAAGUCACGGCGCUCUUUGAGGACGCCCAGAACGCCGUCUUCAAGCUGAUGGCUAGUGACUCCGUGCCGAAAUUCCUGCGCCACCCCAAGCACGAGCAGACGCUGAGAAACUACGACUUCGAUGCGAUUGUGGUCGGCUCGACUCGCGUGCCAGAACGCAGCUUGAGCCGGUCCAACCGCAACAACUAG